CUCGCGUGCACUUUGGAUGGAAGCAACUUCCUCACGAUGCUUGUCACUUUUCUCCCGAUCGGACUUGAUUUCAAGACUUUUGGAAUAAUACUCCAUGGUCGCCGGUUGUGAUUUUGUCAUCACCAAGACACCGAAACCUUGGAUAUGGAACGUGAGGGCUCGCUCAGGAGGAUUUCGAGGAGUCUCCACAACCGGUUGAAGCUGGCCGGCGGCUCCUCGUCUAGCUUGACGGACCUCUCGCAAAAGUCCACUUCAGGAGGAGUGGAGAAGGUGGAUGAGUGCGGUCGGGACAGAGGAACCCAGCAGAGAAGAGCGGGCGCCAAUGCCACCUGGAACAGCAUCCACAACGCCGUUAUCUCAGUGUUCCAGCGGAAAGAUUUGGGAGAAAACGAACUCUUCACUCUGAACGAAGGUGUCAGACAGCUGCUGAAGACUGAACUCGGCUCCUUCUUCACCGAGUACCUUCAAAAUCAGCUGCUAACCAAAGGCAUGGUCAUAUUACGAGACAAGAUCCGCUUUUACGAAGGUCAGAAGUUGUUGGAUUCCCUUGCCGACACCUGGGACUUCUUCUUCUGCGAUGUUCUUUCCAUGCUGCAGGCCAUUUUCUGUCCAGUGCAGGGAAAGGAGCCUUCAGUGCGUCAGUUGGCCCUGCUCCACUUCCGUAAUAUCAUCACCCUUAACCUAAAGCUGGACGAAGCUCUGUCACGUCCCCGGGCUCGAGUGCCGCCCUCCAUCGUUCAGAUGCUGCUCAUACUUCAGGGUGUCCACGAGUCCAAAGGCGUUACGGACGACUACUUACGUCUGGAGUGUCUUAUUCGGAAGGUGGUUUCGCCCUACCUUGGGACCCACGGAUUAUAUUCCCAAGAUGGUUCGUCCAAUCAGAACUGUUCUUCCUGUCUUUUAGAGAAGCGUCUACGAGUGAAGAACCCUGUGGUCCGAUCCAAGAGUUACAAUGUUCCUAUGCUGACCCCUGUGGUGGAGUACGAUGUGGAUUCAUGUGUGGGACGAGGCGCGGGGAUCCGGCGCCACUCGGUGUCGGAGAUGACUUCCUGCACGGAGGAAAGUGCAUCGGCGGCAGAAUCCAGCAUGGAUCACUCAGGUUCCUCAAAUCAGAACCCUGAGGUUCUGAGGUCUCAGGUGUCUGAGUCAAGAGUUGUAGCCCAGGAUACGAGCUCUGAUCCAAGCCCUUCGUCUAGUCCGGAGAUGAGCAUGGACCGCGUAGUAGAAUCUCUGGACUCGGAACCUGACGGCAUUUUUCUGGAAUUCUCACAAACUCAUUCCGGAGGUCCGACAUGCAGUCACAGUGGACAAAGCGUGGCCUGAAAGGUGACUUAUUGGGACCUUUUGGAGUUUUAAUCAUAGCAGUAAAUGGUAGACUCAGUGACAUUGACGGCAAUAAGCGUCCUAUCCAAUCAGCAAGCGAGACUAUUGGUCAAAGGCGGCGUUUGACUUUUGUGGGGGGGGCAAAACAUGUUGAUGACCCCAAAACACAAUGUCAGCAAUAAAACGAAUUUACAAUA